UGCGCGAUCCAACAAGCUGACUUUUAUUUUGAAACAAGAUGGCGAUAGGCUAACGUUAGCUUGCAGGCUAAAUUAAUGAAAUUGUUCGUUUAGCGAACACUUAGUUUAGCCUGUAUUACGGAGCACUAAGGGAACAUUUAGGCAUCACUGCCAAGAUGACAGAAGCGAGAGAGGAGCGUCGUUUCGCAGAGGUUCCCCGAGAGUCCAUCAAACUCAUGGCGGAGAGUGCCGGCGUCGAGCUGGGGGAUGAUGUAGCAGCGAUGCUCGCCGAGGACGUGUGUUACCGUCUCAGAGAGGCCACACAGAACAGCUCACAGUUCAUGAGACACGCCAAGAGGAGAAAACUCACUGUGGAGGACUUUAACAGAGCACUCCGCUGGAGCAACACUGAGACCAUCUGUGGCUAUGGUGCACAGGAUGCUCUACCAUUCCGCCCAUUAAAAGAGGGAGAGCUUUUCUUUGUUGAAGACCGGGAGGUGAACUUGGUAGAGCUGGCUCUUGCCACUAACAUUCCCAAAGGCUGUGCUGAAACUAUGGUGCGAGUGCAUGUGUCUUACCUUGAUGGAAAAGGAAAUCUGGAACCUCAAGGCACAGUUCCCAGUGCGGUUCAGUCUCUGUCUGAUGACCUGCUCAAGUAUUACCAGCAGAUCACUAGAGCCAUAUUAGGAGAGGAUCCACAUCUAAUGAAAGUUGCUUUGCUGGAUCUGCAGUCCAACUCCAAGAUUGCUGCCCUGCUGCCUUACUUUGUUUAUGUCAUUAGUGGGGUGAAGUCAGUAAGUCAUGAUCUGGAUCAGUUGAACAGGCUGCUGCACAUGGUGAAAAGUCUGGUUCAGAACCCAUAUCUGUACCUGGGCUCAUAUGUGCGGAGUCUUGUUUCCAGUGUCAUGUACUGCAUCUUGGAGCCGCUUGCUGCUUCCAUUAACCCACUGAAUGACCACUGGACCCUGAGAGACUACGCUGCUCUGCUUCUCAGCCACAUCUUCUGGACUCAUGGUGACCUGGUGAGCGGACUGUACCAUCAGAUCUUGCUGUCGCUUCAGAAAGUUCUGUCAGAUCCAGUCCGACCUCUCUGUUCUCACUACGGGGCUGUGGUUGGUUUACACGCUCUUGGCUGGAAGGCUGUUGAGCGGGUGCUGUAUCCCCAUCUGCCUGCAUACUGGGCGAACCUGCAGGCCGUGCUGGAUGAUUAUUCUGUGUCCAAUGCACAGGUGAAAGCAGAUGGACACAAAGUCUACGGAGCCAUUCUUGUGGCAGUGGAGCGCUUGCUAAAAAUGAAGGAUGUGAGUCUGACUGGAGCUGCAGAAGGCAGUGCUGCUGCCCUUCAGAAUUCUGCUGGUGGGGUAAUUGGUUUCAGAGAGAGUUCACCGGGCCUCAGCCCUCCUCCAGAACCUCUGUCUGAACCUCCUUUGGGCAUCGCCAGCCACCUGCAGGCAGGUGGGGCAGGAUGUCAGUGGGAGGAGUGGACCCCCGUCUCUCUCCCCGCCAUGUACUGCGAGCUCUACUCCUUCUUUGGAGACAGUCUGGCUGUGCGCUUCAGCACUGGCCCUGCACUAGGUGGUGCUCCGUCUGCAGCUCCCAUUCAGUCUUCAGAUUCUAGGAAAGAGCCGGGCAACGGCACAGCUAAUCUGGAGAGCACACGCAAGAUGCCCCAGCUCACUGCUAACAUGAAUAUUAGCCCAAGACAGGAUGGGAGUCCACGCACUGAGCCUGCACCACCAAGUUUGGCUGCAACAGCAUCAGGAAGGUCUCUGGCCCGCUCCUCCUCCUCCUCAUCCUCGGUCACUCGCUCCAGGUCCUCCUCCUCCCGUCCAGGUCGUUCAGCCAGCCAAUCCAGAGACAUCUUCCCCAAAACACGCUUCACACCUCCUCAAGCCGGACCCCCAGCCUUCUCCUUUUUAAUCGGUGGGCGUCAGAUGGGCCGGCGAUGCCAAGGACGACGUUUUCAGACGAGUUUCACCCCGACACCAUUACUCACUUCCCUUCCACCUCGGGCUUAUGCCCACAAACUACCUGUCAUAGGGAGAGUGAGCAAACCAGUGAGACGGUGGACGUGCUCCCACUACUCACUGUACCUUCCUCUUUAAAUCAGAUGGACAGAGUGGACUAUCUGUGCAGAAAAGCCUACAGACUCUGCCCUGGCUGAGCUUCUGCCCACACUGAAAAUGAAACGAUAAAUUUGGACUGACCACUGAUGUGGUACAGCCUUGCUAGCAUUAUCUGGACAAGCACUUAAACGCAUAGUGAUGAUGUAUAAAGCAGCAGUUCAGUGUUUGCCAGUUAGGUGUAUCUAUAUAAUUUUUUCUUUGUUGUACUUGAUCUUUGUAGAAGUUAUUUUUGUUACAGUGUAAGCUAACACCUUGUAAAAUAAAGACAAUGAAAUUGCAAGA